AGCUAUGACAGAAACCCACGAGAGUGUCAUGCAUACACUGUUUCAUUGUCUAUAACGGUUGCGUGAGCUCAAGAAGACUGGUUCAGAACACGAGUCCACUGCUGCUUUCACUCGUCUGGCGCACUUGCAGUCGAGAGGGCUGCAGUAUAUUUCACCAAGGCAGACCUGCGGCCGGGCGAUUCUCCACCGCUCCGGAAAGUCUUGGCCGGGGCGCGGGCAAAGAGGGCGGGCCAGGAGGCUCGGAGCCGGGCGGUGGGCCGAGCUGGGACGCGGUCCAACUGUCGUGAGCCGGCAGGGGGGCAGAGCGGGGCAGCCGGGCAAAGUCCUCCUGUGCGGCGGAGAGGGAAGGGGCGCAGGAAUCGGCGGCCCGCAGCCGACGGCGUGAGCGGCACCCGACAGGAGCAGCCCCUGGAAGAAGGGGGCCGGCCGGAGCAGCCAGCAUGCCUGCCACGGGAGGGGACUCCAAGGGAGAGGAUUAUUCCACAGCUAUCCUGCGCCAGAAGCAUCGUCCCAAUCGCCUCAUUGUGGAUGAAGCUGCCAAUGAGGAUAACAGCAUCGUGAGCCUGUCCCAGGCCAAAAUGGAGGAACUGCACUUAUUCCGAGGGGACACAGUGCUGCUGAAGGGAAAGAAACGGCGGGAGACUGUGUGCAUUGUUCUCACAGAUGACUCCUGCCAGAGUGAGAAGAUCCGUAUGAAUCGUGUCACCCGCAACAACCUCCGUGUGCGUCUUGGAGAUGUGGUCAGUGUGCAAGCCUGUCCAGAUGUGAAGUAUGGAAAGCGGAUCCAUGUGCUGCCCAUCGAUGACACAAUUACUGGCUUGACCGGGAACCUCUUUGAAGUGUACCUCAAACCGUACUUUCUGGAGGCCUAUCGACCUGUCCACAAAGGAGAUAUUUUCCUUGUCCGAGGUGGGAUGAGAGCUGUGGAGUUUAAGGUGGUGGAGGUAGACCCCACUCCCCACUGCAUUGUUGCUCCUGACACCAUCAUCCACUGCGAGGGGGAGCCCAUCAAACGAGAGGAUGAAGAGGAGAGCCUCAAUGAUGUUGGUUAUGAUGACAUUGGAGGCUGCCGUAAGCAGCUGGCGCAGAUCAAGGAGAUGGUGGAGCUGCCACUGAGGCACCCAGCACUCUUCAAAGCUAUUGGUGUGAAGCCUCCGCGAGGGAUUCUACUUUAUGGUCCCCCUGGUACUGGGAAAACACUCGUGGCCCGUGCAGUUGCAAAUGAAACUGGAGCCUUUUUCUUCCUUAUCAAUGGCCCAGAGAUCAUGAGCAAAUUGGCUGGGGAAUCUGAGAGCAAUCUGCGCAAAGCCUUUGAAGAGGCGGAGAAGAAUGCUCCAGCUAUUAUCUUUAUUGAUGAGCUGGAUGCCAUUGCUCCUAAGAGGGAGAAGACACACGGGGAAGUGGAACGCCGCAUCGUCUCUCAGCUGCUCACACUUAUGGACGGCCUGAAGCAACGCUCUCAUGUGAUAGUCAUGGCUGCUACAAAUCGACCGAAUAGUAUUGAUCCUGCUCUGCGCCGCUUUGGGCGUUUUGACCGAGAAAUUGACAUUGGAAUCCCAGAUUCAGUAGGAAGGUUGGAAAUCUUGCAGAUACACACCAAGAACAUGAAGCUGGCUGAUGAUGUGGACCUGGAGAGGGUGGCCAAUGAGACACAUGGGCACGUGGGUGCUGACCUGGCAGCAUUGUGUUCUGAGGCAGCCCUCCAGGCCAUCCGCAAAAAGAUGAGUGUCAUCGACUUGGAGGACGACACAAUCGAUGCCGACAUCCUCAACUCUAUGGCAGUCACCAUGGAUGAUUUCCAGUGGGCCCUUGGCCAGAGCAACCCUUCAGCACUACGUGAGACGGUGGUGGAGGUGCCACAGGUCUGCUGGGAUGAUAUUGGAGGCCUGCAGGAAGUCAAACGUGAGCUACAGGAGCUAGUGCAGUUCCCAGUUGAGUAUCCUGAUAAGUUCCUGAAGUUUGGGAUGACACCAUCGAGAGGUGUGCUCUUCUAUGGACCCCCUGGCUGUGGGAAGACCUUGUUGGCCAAGGCCAUUGCCAAUGAAUGCCAAGCCAAUUUUGUCUCCAUCAAGGGUCCUGAGCUGCUCACCAUGUGGUUUGGAGAGAGCGAGGCCAACGUUCGUGAUGUUUUUGACAAGGCCCGGCAAGCUGCUCCCUGCAUCCUAUUUUUCGACGAGCUUGACUCCAUUGCCAAGGCCCGGGGGGGUGGGGCUGGGGAUGGCGGAGGCGCAGCUGACCGUGUCAUCAACCAGAUCCUCACAGAAAUGGAUGGCAUGACCAACAAGAAGACUGUUUUCAUCAUAGGUGCCACCAAUAGGCCAGACAUCAUUGACCCGGCCAUCUUACGUCCAGGCCGCCUGGACCAGCUCAUCUACAUCCCCUUGCCAGAUGAUAAGUCUCGUGUGGCUAUCCUACAAGCCAACCUGCGAAAGUCUCCUGUCGCAAAGGAUGUGGACUUGAAUUACCUAGCCAAGAUCACACAUGGUUUUUCGGGUGCUGACCUCACUGAAAUCUGCCAGCGUGCCUGCAAGCUUGCUAUCCGGGAGGCCAUUGAGAUGGAGAUCAAAGCAGAACGGGAACGCCAGAGUCAGAAAUAUGCCGCCAUGGAUGAUGAUUAUGACCCAGUGCCUGAGAUCCGACGCGAUCAUUUUGAGGAAGCAAUGCGAUUUGCACGCCGUUCGGUCAGUGAUAAUGACAUCCGCAAGUACGAGAUGUUUGCCCAGACACUACAGCAAAGUCGCGGCUUUGGCAACUUCAGGUUUCCAUCUGGAAAGCAGAGCAGCAGCGGAGGCAGCGGCAACAAUGAAAGCGGCAGCGGCCAGGGAAGCCUCUUCCAGGAGGAGGGCGACGACGAUCUCUAUAACUGAUUGUAUGGGGAAGGGCUGCUUCUUGGCCCCGUGUGCUCAUGGCUGUUGUGCUCUUUAAUAUACGGAUUGGUGCUUGAGGCCCAACACCUUGCCCUCACCCUUGGAUACAGAAGCAGAGUUACCCGAGACAAAAUGGGUGAGGCUGUUUUGCCUGAUUUGGCCACUGACAGAAAGCCCGUGGCUCUUACAGCCGUUGGAGUGCUGGGUGUUGAAGCAGUCGCCAGGGGGAGCCAGAGCCCAGCAGCUGUCCUGAGAACGUGGCCAGGCUGGAUCAGACCACAGGCAUCUCUGCUGCGGCACUGUUUCCAGCGCCCACCUGUCGAAGCUCAGGAGCGGGGAGGAAAGCUGGCCACGGGUUCCUCCCUGCCGCCCCCACCGUGCCUCCUCUCAAACUGUCCCGCUGGUGCCUGUUCCUUGCGCUGUUUGGACUCCAGUGGUUUCCAGGUUAUAAUCCAAGGAACUGGGCAGCCUGCCUUCUCCCAGCUCCUCUUGCUAGUCAGCCCAGCUACUCCCGUCAGUCCUGUCUCUCCCACAGCAGUCAGCAUUUGAAGCCUGUUUUCCUCAUGAGGUCAAUGAUCUCCCAUUUGUACUAUCAAGUGACAGAGACUUCUAUAAACUGCAAUAACCAAUAAACUGCAAUUGCAUGGCAA